AUGCUUGACAAGAAGUUUUCCAAGUUCUUAGAUGUUUUCCAGAAACUUCACAUCAAAAUUCCCUUUGUAGAAUCUUUAGAACAAAUGUCGAUUUAUGUGAAAUUCAUGAAGGAAAUCUUGUCGAAGAAAAGGAAAUUGGAGGAUUAUGAGAUGGUGGCACUUACUGAGGAGUACAAUGCAAUAUUGCAAAAGAAACUACCUCCCAAGCUUAAAAAUCCGGGUAGUUUUACCAUUCAUUGUACUAUAGGGAGUGCGGUUUUUGAGAAGGCAUUAUGUGAUUUAGGGGCAAGUGUGAAUCUGAUGCCUCUAUCUAUCUAUAGAAAAUUGAAAUUGGGAGAAGCUCGCCCUACUAUCGUGUCCCUACAAAUUGCAGAUCGUUCAGUGAAUCACCCAAGAGCUACUGGAAGGGCGCUAAUUGAUGUACAAAAAUGGGAAUUGAAGCUGCCAGUGCAAAAUAAGAAGGUAGCAUUUAAUAUUUUUGCGGCAACUGAAAUUCCAACAUGUUGUAGAGUAGAUUUGAUAUCAGGAGGGGGCAGUAAGGUGGAAGCUAUUAAGAGAAAGGCCAUCGCUCAAGUUGGUAGUCGAGCAGUGCGUAAUCGUGUAAAAAAGUUCUUUAGUGGGAAAGAUCAAAUGUUACAUGAGCGAUGGAAAGAUCCAAAAAUGUGCAACAUCAUAAGACGAACUUUCUCAUAUGACACUUUGGCUCUUAAGGAUUUGAGGGGUGGACUUGAUCCGAGUUAA